AUGAGACUGAUAAACACUACAUUACAGUAUAAUGAGACUGAUGAUGUUCACCAAGACAAAAACAGUGAUGAUGAUGAUGGUCACCAAUACAACACCAGUGGUGAUGAUGAUGAUGCUGAUGAUCACCUAGACAACAACAGUGGUGAUGAUGACGAUCACCAAGAGAGCAGUGAUGAUGGAGAUGAUCACCAAGACAGCAACAGUGAUGAUGAUGAUUAUCACCAAGACAACAACUGUGGUGGUGAUGAUGAUGAUGAUGAUGAUCACCAAGACAACACCAGUGGUGAUGAUGAUGAUGAUGAUGAUGAUCACCUAGACAACAACAGUGGUGAUGAUCACCAAGAGAGCAGUGAUAUUGGUGAUGAUGAUCACCAAGACAACAAGAGUGAUGAUGAUGAUGCCGACCACCAAGACAACAACAGUGAUGAUGUUGAUGCUGAUGAUCACCAAGGCAACAACAGUGAUGAUGAUGAUCACCAAGAUAACAACAGUGGUCAUGUUGAUGAUGAUCACCACCAAGACAACAACAGUGAUGAUGAUGAUCAUCAACACAAAAACAGUGAUGAUGAUCACCAAGACAACAAGUACAAUAACAGUGAUGAUGAUGAUGAUCACCAAGACAGCAACAGUGAUGAUGAUGAUUAUCACCAAGACAACAACUGUGGUGGUGAUGAUGAUGAUGAUGAUGAUGAUGAUCACCAAGACAACACCAGUGGUGAUGAUGAUGAUGAUGAUGAUGAUGAUCACCUAGACAACAACAGUGGUGAUGAUCACCAAGAGAGCAGUGAUAUUGGUGAUGAUGAUCACCAAGACAACAAGAGUGAUGAUGAUGAUGCCGACCACCAAGACAACAACAGUGAUGAUGUUGAUGCUGAUGAUCACCAAGGCAACAACAGUGAUGAUGAUGAUCACCAAGAUAACAACAGUGGUCAUGUUGAUGAUGAUCACCACCAAGACAACAACAGUGAUGAUGAUGAUCAUCAACACAAAAACAGUGAUGAUGAUCACCAAGACAACAAGUGUGAUCAUGAUGAUGACGAUCACCAAGACAACAGUGAUGAUGAUGAUGAUCACCAAGACAGCAACAGCGAUGAUGAUGAUCACCAAGACAACAACUGUGAUGAUGAUGAUGAUCACCAAGACAACAGUUGUGAAGAUGAUGAUGAUCACCAAGACAACAACAGUGAUGAUCAUCACCAAGAUAACAGUGGUGAUGUUGAUGACCACCAAGACAACAACAUUGAUGAUGAUGAUGAUGAUCAACACAACAACAGUGAUGAUCACCAAGACAACAAGUGUGAUCAUGAUGAUGACGAUCACCACCAAGACAACAACAGUGAUGAUGAUGAUCACCAAGACAACAACUGUGAUGAUGAUGCCGACCACCAAGACAACGGUGAUGAUGAUGUUGAUGCUGAUGAUCACCAAGGCAACAACAGUUAUGAUGAUGCUGAUGAUCACCAAGGCAACAGUUAUGAUGAUGAUCACCAAGACAACAGUGAUGAUGAUGACCAAGACAACAGUGAUGAUGAUGAUAAUGGUGAUGAUGAUGAUGGUGAUCACCAAGACAACAGUGAUGAUGAGGAUGAUGAUGACCAAGACAGUGAUAUUGAUGACGAUGAUCACCAAGACAAAAACAACAACAAGUGUGAUGAUGAUGAUGCCGACCACCAAGACACCAACAGUGAUGAUGUUGAUGAUCACCAAGGCAACAACAGUUGUGAUGAUAUUGAUCACCAAGACAACACCAGUGGUGAUGAUGAUGACCAAGACACCAACAGUGAUGAUGAUGUUGAUGAUCACCAAGGCAACAACAGUUGUGAUGAUGAUCACCAAGACAAAUGUGAUGAUGAUGAUGCCGACCACCAAGACACCAGUGAUGAUGAUAGUCACCAAGACAACACCCGUGGUGAUGAUGAUCACAAAGGCAACAACCGUGGUGAUGAUGAUCACAAAGGCAACAACUGUGGUGAUGAUGAUGACCAAGACACCAGCAGUGAUAUUGAUAAUCACCAAGACAACACCAGUUGUGAUGAUGAUGAUGAUCACCAAGACAUCAGUUGUGAUGAUGAUCACCAAGACAACAUCAGUUGUGAUGAUGAUCACCAAGACAACAAGUGUGAUGAUGCCGACCAUCAAGAUAACAACAGUGACAACAACAGUGGUGAUGAUGAUCACCACCAAGACAACAACAGUGAUGAUGAUGGUGAUGAUCAACACAACAACAGUGAUGAUGAUCACCAAGACAACAAGUGUGAUCAUGAUGAUGACGAUCACCAAGACAACAACAGUGAUGAUGAUGAUGAUGAUGAUGAUCACCAAGACAGCAACAGUGAUGAUGAUGAUGAUCACAAAGACAACAACUGUGAUGAUGAUGAUGAUGAUGAUGAUGAUGCUGAUGAUCAACAAGACAACAACAGUUACAACAACAGUGAUGAUGAUGAUGAUAAUAGGGAUGAUGAUGGUGAUGAUGGUGAUCAACAAGACAACAACAGUGAUGAUGAGGAUGAUGAUGAUGAUCACCAAGACAACAACAAUGGUGAUGCUGAUGAUGAUCACCAAGACAACAAAAUUGAUAUUGAUGUUGAUGACAAUGACCAAGACAACACCAGUGGUGAUGAUGAUGAUGAUCACCAAGACAACAACAGUGAUGAUGAUGAUGAUGAUGAUGAUGAUGAUGAUGAUGAUGAUCACCAAGACAGCAACAGUGAUGGUGAUGAUGAUGAUGAUGAUCACCAAGACAACAACAGUGACAUUGAUGAUGAUGAUCACCAAGACAACAACAGUGAUGAUGAUGAUGAUGAUGAUGAUGAUGAUGAUGAUGAUGAUAAUCACCAAGUCAACACCCGUGGUGAUGAUGAUGCUAACCACCAAGACAACAACAGUGAGGAUGAUGAUGAUUACCAAGACAACAACUGUGAUGAUGAUGAUGAUGAUGUUCACCAAGACAACAACAGCAACAACAGUUGUGAUGAUGAUGUUGAUCACCAAGACAACACCAGUGUUGAUGAUGAUCACCAAGACAACAACAGUGAUGAUGAUGAUGAUGAUAAUGAUGAUGAUGAUGAUGAUGAUGAUGAUGAUGAUAAUCACCAAGACAACACCCGUGGUGAUGAUGAUGCUAACCACCAAGACAACAGCAGUGUUGAUGAUGAUGAUUACCAAGACAACAACUGUGAUGAUGAUGUUGAUGCUGGAGACGAGGAUGAGGGCAAGGUGGAGGAGGAGGACAAGGAUGAGGAAGACGAGGAGGGAGAGGAGGACGAAGAGGACAACGGGGACGAGGAGGACAAGGAAGAGGAGGAAGGAGAACAAUCACAGAUGAGAUCCUGGCCACUUUGGUCAACCGUGACAGAGAUCCAGACCCUGUUGAGCACGCUGGAUGUAGUGAGCACUUCCAGAGGCGUGUCCAGCCCAACCCCAACCCCCACUCCCAACCCCAACCACAACCCCAACCCCAACCCUAACCCCACCCCCAACCUCCCAGACCUGGACUAA